AUGGAGGCGUUCAAGAGGCUCAGUGGGCGGCGCUUUCCGGCGGACCACGGCGCCUGUCCACCCUGCCGCUCUUCAUCGGGCUCUUUUGCGACUCUCUCUUCUUCGCGCUUCUCCUGGUCGCCCCUCGGCGUCGCUGUCUCCCGCUCGCCAGCUCUCUGCGCCGCCGCGCAGCAGGCAGGCUCCGAGACACCGGAACACGGCGUCGCCUCUCCUGCUGUCGCUUCUGGGCAUUCUUCUGUUUCUGCCCCUCCGCGGGUCCCUUCCUCGGCCGGCGCCGGCGUCUCCGGGAACGCUGCGCAAUUUUCUUCGCGUUUCUGCACAGAGCUGGUCAUCGACGCAGCUGCAGCGGGUCUCGCGUCUUUCGGCGUCUCGCCGUUCGUGACGAUAAUCGACAGGUCUAUCGUGAGGAACGCCGCAGGCGUUCAGACGCUCUGGUCCUCCAUUGCGGCCGGGUGCCGAGAUCUGGUGUUUCGGCCGAGGCAUCUCCUCGCAGGCCGCGACUUCCGGAUCGUCUUUGGCGUCUACGCCGGGACGUACUUCGUGGCGAACGGCGCAGUCACCGUCGGUCAGCAGUUCCGCCUUUCCGAAGGGACCGCCGAGCUGGUCAAGUUCUUGGGCACCACAGCUGCGAACAUGUUCCUCUGCAUUCGGAAAGACAUCAUCUUUGCGAAGCUGUUUGGUACCCCGUCCGGCGUCGCGGGCGGCGUAGCUGUUGCGGAAGCCGCAGGCAAGGCGACCUCGCGUAGGUUUCCCCUGGUCUCGACGCUCCUCUUUGUGUGUCGAGACUCCCUGACCAUCGCCGCGUCCUUCAACGCACCGCCGUACCUCGCCGCGUGGCUGACUCGCCGCGCCGCCCGAGACGACGCAGGCCGCCGGGCGGGACCGCAGCCUCUCGGUGCGAACCAAAUGGCGGAACGGAGAGAGGCUGCGCAUGCAGGCGGCAGAAUCCCGACGCUGCCCCAGGCGCACCGAGACUGGGCCGGCUCCGACCAAGACGACCCUGCAGCUGCGGGCGGCGGCGAGAGUGUCGGCGCUGCGCUGGAGGAGAAGCGCGUCUGGCGCCGGUUCACCCACAAACUCGCCACAGAGAAGGCUUUCGCGGACUCCACAGCUCAGCUGCUGUGUCCCGUGGCGGUUCAGUUCCUGUCGACGCCGCUCCACUUGCUGGCCCUCGACGUCUACAACAGGCCUGGGCACUCGAGCGCUCAGAGAACUUCGUUCCUCGUCGGCGCGUACGCCGGGACGGUCGCGGCGCGCGCGUCACGCAUCCUCCCCGCCUUCGGCAUCGGAGGCAUUCUCAACGCGAAAACCAAAGGCCUCCUGAGAAAGUACGCCGGCGACGCCCAGACCGAAUAA